CGCGCGUGGCUAAAUACUCUUCGCUGAGAGAAGCGCUCAUUGCGCGCUGGAAGUCUCCGUGGCCGCCGUACUUCGGCGGUCACCUAGUAUUUUCGCGCUCCUCCCUUUUCUUUCUCCUUCUCCUCGGAGCCCGUGAGGCCGAACUGCUCAGCUCUCGCGGGACUGCGCUUCUGUGUCAGAGAAAUCGUGCUCCGUCCCGUUAUUGUCUCGCCUAGUAUGGGAGCCCUGAGGAGAAACGUGGAAUAGAUGCGCGAUUUUCUAACCGUGACUGCAGCUUGAUGGAUGACGACAACUCUUUUCAACAAAGAAGUAAUUCGAAAAUGGCAGAACUAUUCAUGGAAUGUGAAGAAGAAGAGCUAGAACCAUGGCAGAAAAAAGUAGAACCACCACAGGUUCAAGAUGACGAUGAUGAUGAGCUAAUCUUUGUUGGAGAAAUAUCAAGUUCAAAACCAGCCAUUUCAAAUAUUUUGAACAGAAGUAACACCAGCUCAUCUUCAAAGGGAAUAAAGAGUGAGUCGCUUGGUCCAGGAAUUUCUGAUAUAUUCAAACCUACACGUCCACAUUACAAAGUCCCAACAUCAAAUCCGGUGGCUGCCUUGCCUAGAUUUCAUCCUGACUCUAAAUCUUCACAAAGUUCUGCUGUUGCUCAGAGCAUAUCUAAAUCUGGUUUUUCAAAGAAUUCAUCACAAGUUGAUUCGGAUAAUUCUUCAGUCUCAUUGUUUGACUCAUCCCAGGAUACAAUACCACUGUCCACAGGCAUACAAAAAAUUUUUUUGCCAGGUGUGGAUCAAACCUCAUUUGGAUUAAAACGUCCUUCUACUUCUAAAAUAAACAGUGUUAAUCCAAAAAAGCUAAAGACCAGCGAAAGUAUUUCUGAAAUAAGUCCAUCUUCUUCAUUGUCUUUAAGUAAUUUUUCAGAGGCACCUUCCCAGAUUGUGGUAUCAACAGAUUCAAAUACCUCAUCUAUUGAACACAAAACUGGAGAGCCUGUCCGAAGAUGUUGUCCAAAGUGCAAUAUUCAAUUCAGUCGUUUGGAUCCUUUGAAAUACCACAUGAAGCGUUGUUGUCCACACAUGUUAAAUAACUUUGUGGGAACUAUUAAAACAGAACCUUCGUCUGCUGAAGGCACAACUGAUACUGGUUCAGACAAAGAAAAAUUGGUCAUGUUAGUUAGUGACUUUUAUUAUGGAAAGCAUGCUGGAGCCUUGGAGGAAGAACCGAAGACUUAUACAACCUUUAAAUGCUUCAGUUGCUUGAAAGUUCUUAAAAAUAACAUUAGGUUCAUGAACCACAUGAAACACCACUUGGAACUUGAAAAGCAGAAUAGUGAGAGCUGGGAAAGCCACACCACCUGCCAGCACUGCUACCGGCAGUAUCCCACGCCCUUCCAGCUGCAGUGCCACAUUGAGAGUACACACACUCCCCAUGAAUUUUCUACUAUUUGCAAAAUCUGUGAAUUGUCAUUUGAAACAGAGCAUAUUCUUUUACAACAUAUGAAGGACACUCAUAAACCUGGUGAAAUGCCGUAUGUUUGCCAGGUUUGCCACUUUAGAUCAUCAAUAUUUUCUGAUGUGGAAACUCAUUUUAGAGCAUCCCAUGAAAACACUAAGAACUUGCUAUGUCCAUUUUGCCUCAAAGUUAGUAGAAUGGCAACCCCCUACAUGAAUCAUUACAUGAAACAUCAGAAAAAGGGAAUUCAUCGUUGUUCAAAAUGCAGAUUACAGUUUUUGACAUGCAAGGAGAAAACAGAUCACAAGGUACAACAUCGUACAUUUAUAAAGCCUAGAGAACUGGAAGGAUUGCCUCCUGGAACAAAAGUUACUAUUCGAGCAUCAUUUGGACCACCUCAGUCAAAACAACCAAGUACACCUUCCAGUUCUGCUCCAAGCUCUUCUUCUCUUGAAGUCUUACCUCCCGAAUCCAAAACUACAACUGCCAAAAAUCUCACAAAAUAUAAGACAGCUAAGUUUGAAGCAUCUGGGUCCACUGCAAAUAAACCCAAUACAAGUAAAUCGAGUGGAGGUACAGCUAAAAACAAAGCAAAAGUCUCUUGUAAGCAUAAGAGACAGCGCAACAGAAAAAGUAAACUCAGUGUGGCUUUGAAGAACUUCAGGUGUCUUCGGGGAACUUACAAGUGUAUUGAGUGUCGUACCAAAAUAAAAGAUUUUGCAAACCACUUUUCUGUACUUAUCAACUGUAAUUUUUGCAAAUACAGCACUAACUGUAACAAAGCCUUUGUAAAUCAUAUGAUGAGCUGUCAUACUAGCCAGCCAAAUAAACGGUUUUAUAUUUUCAAGAAGCAGUUGGGAGCUUUCAGGGGCAUUACUCUAGUGUGCCUUAAGUGUGAUUUCCUAACUGAUUCUUCUGGCGUAGACCGCAUGGCUAAACACUUAAGUCAACGUAAAACUCACACUUGCCAAGUUGUAAUAGAGAAUGUUUCCGAAAGUACCUCAACUUCUGAACACACUUCUCUGACUGCUUGUUGAAAUAGAUUCCUGCUCUAUGGAGCUCGUGCAACCUGACAAGACAACCAAGACAAGUUGGAAUUUCCUAAGUUCAAAGUUCUAAAGUGUUUUCUUACACAACGGCAGUUUGCUAAAUUUCAGUGUUCUGAAGUGUUUUCUCACAUGAAGGCGGUUAACAAAGUUCAUGACACUAGCUCUCAUUCAGCUCUUUUCAGCUUUCAGAUGACACGAGAUUCUUUUUCCACCUUAUCUUUGUGUCAGGUUAACAUAUCUUAACAUUUUUUUUUUCUUUUCUCCCAUUGGCUUUCCAGAAAUACCUUUUGUUGCUAUGGUCUUUUCUUGCUUUGCUUAAAAUAAUUUUUCUGUGCUGUACUUUCUUGCCUUCAGAAUAUUACAUUCCAAAUGACAUGGCUGUUCAUCUGUUAUUGUCUGUUUUGUCUGCUUUCUUAAUUUCUUAUAAGUCUUACAUUUUUAGGUCAGAUAGCUGUUUUUUCCCCUCAUUCCUUGUCUGUCAUUAUUCUAUUUUUCGUAUUUUUGAGAUGCAGAAGCAACACAGAAGUUUCAAAAAAUGUCCAGUGUACUCCUGGACAGUGUCCCCAUUCGAUGGACACAACUGAUGCCUGUUCUCUCUUUCCAAGGAAUGUGAAUUAUUUGACUGUGAGACCUCUUCUAGUUUGUGGCCUUAAGAAAUCAGAUCUUGGGGAGAGCCCCUUCCUAUCUCACUGGCCUCUCUUACGGCUGAUGCUAAUUUGGCCAGAAAUGACCUGAAGGCCCACCAAAUCGAGCACAACUUUUUUCUGGGGCUUUGGGUUCUUGAUCUUAAGGUUUUUUUGUUGGGGGGGGGGCUACCGGGAAUCAAACUCAGGACCUUGCACUCGCCACGCAGGCGCUUGUGCCACUGAGCUAUAUCCCCAGCCCUUGAUCUUAAGCUUAUGGGUUGAUUCGUACCAAGAAAAGCCCAUCAACUCAUUGCUUCAACAGCUGAGUUGAAGUUCAACCAUUUUGGCUGCUGCUCUUUAAUCUUCCUGUAGUAUGUGCGCAGUCUAAGAAGUAUAAAAAUUCUGGUCAUGUAGGAUACCAAGAUUACUUCAUGUUCUUGGAAAAACAAACUUUCUAAAAUUACAGUUCCAAAGUAACGCUUACUCAUAUUGUCAUUUAAAGUUUUAGCCAGUAUUCUAGGAGUUUUCAGUAAUACUAAUAUUUAGGUUUUUUGAAUUUUUAAAAAAUUUCAUUAAGUUCUGGUAGCUUGGUUUUAUGUUGUUCUUCAUCCAAUUUAUGGGUGUUCAUUUUAUUUUCUACUUUUGUACUGUUCUCUUUAAAGCAUUUGUUUUGUGUUUGUUUUGUUUUUGUUGAGAACUAUAAGAAAUUUCUUUAAAAUUCUUCACAAACUUCAUGUAGCUACCUACUGGUAGCUUCGCAAUUUAGUACUUGUUCAGAUUAUUAAACAUUACCUAUUCUGUCUCUGUUGGAACUAUCUUUAACAUCUUAGGGAUUGUGGUUUGAUAUAAAGAAUUGGCGAAAAUGCCUUUUACAGACCUUAACAUAAGUCUUAAGGUUACCUUUUUGUUUGCCUAGUAAAUAAUAUCUUCUUAGCCAUUAAUGUAACUCCUUUGGAUAAAGAUAAUAUAUUCAAAAAUACUGGGACCAAAAAAUGCACUUGUUUCUUGCGCAUAUAUAUAGAUGUAUAUUUUUUUUAAUUUGGUGUUUGUUUAUUUUGGUUACAUUGAAUAUAGAUUUACUGAACAGUUUUGAUGUUACUUAUUUUUUUAAUAAAAGUUGUAUUGUUAAA